AUGCCGACAACGGCGACGACGGCGUCGUCAUCGCGCAGCGACCAGUGCCGAAAGGAGGAUCAUCCACCGCCAGCCUCCGACGAGGAGGCGGACGGCCGCGUUCGAUUCCGCGCCGGCAGCCUCCGGCGACGUCGUCGACGGCUGCGGCAGACGUGUGGGGAUGGCGUCGACGCCGCGGUCGCCCAUCCGUCCGAGUGCAGCGCGCUGUCGUAUGUGCUUGCGCGACAGAUCGACGACAAAGUCGACUAUUGCCGUACUCUGGUUAAUGCCAGAUUCGAGAACUCCGAGAACCUCUACAGGAAGGAUCUGCUGUCUCACUACGGAUGUGUUAACGCGAUCGAGUUUUCCAAUCAGGGGGAUCUGCUCGUUUCCGGCGGUGAUGAUAGAAGAGUUUUGUUAUGGAGAGUGGAACAGGCGAUACAGGGCAUGGGCAAGCCCACCGUGAUGAAAUCGCAACAUGUUAGCAAUAUAUUUUGCCUUGGUUAUGAUAGCAGCAAGACUAAGAUAUUCUCCGCAGGAAACGAUGAUCAAGUCAUAGUCCACGAUUUGCGAACGGGCGAAUCUCUCAACAUCUUCUUGCAUGAAAAACCUGUCUAUGGGCUGUCUAUUCAUCCGCACAAUGACGAUGUCUUUGCUAGCGCCUGUGACGAUGGAAGAGUUCUCAUUUACGAUAUACGUAGCAACAGCGCUAUGGAAACUUUGGCACAAUACAAAAGCGCCUUCCACUCUGUCAUGUUUAAUCCCGCCGACCCCAGAAUGCUCGCUACUGCCAAUGCUAAAGAAGGUGUUAGUAUGUGGGACAUACGGAAACCAUUGGAGCCUGUAUUGUGUUAUGGAAGCCCGCAACAAAGUUGCAUGAAUGUCAGAUUUAAUUCGAUGGGCAAUCGAUUGCUGGCCUUACGAAGAAGACUACCACCAGUUCUUUACGCAGUCGAGUCUCCCACAUAUUUAUGUGAAUUCGAUCACCCAGGAUAUUAUAAUAGUUGCACUAUGAAAUCGUGCUGUUUCGCCGGCGAGAACGACGAAUAUGUUCUUUCUGGUUCAGAUGAUUUUAAUUUGUACAUGUGGAAAAUUCCUCCCAUGGAAGGCAAGGCUUGGGUAGAAUCUGCUCAUAUGGUAUUACGUGGUCAUAGAUCGAUUGUUAAUCAAGUUCGAUACAAUCAAGCAAGCUGCAUCUUUGCAUCGUCUGGCGUUGAGAAAAUUAUCAAGAUCUGGAGCCCGUUCCCGCUUGGAACCGGAUGUUUAGGAGGAUUAAAGAGAGACGCCGGUAAACGCGAAAGACAGCGUCGGGUAUUUACACAUGAUGAAUAUAUAGGACUGGUUUUACGUAGCGGACAGUUCAUGACGCAUGAUUAUAGUCACCAAUCAACUAAGGAAGACCCGCGAAUGAUGGCCUUUUUUGAUUCUCUCGUACAGCGUGAGAUCGAAGGCUGGAGUUCCGAGGAUGUGCCAACGCCACAUACGCCUAGCGAUUCUGAAAUAAAUCCGGCAACGGGCGAGCCAUACAGCGCGACAGAAGGCGAUGAUACCACAGCAUCAGAAGGUGGUGUAGCUCCUGAAAGACCGUUAGAAUCGCCAAAUCGUAUAACUCGGCUUAUCGCAAAUCGCAGAGAGAAACUCAUGCGAAUGGCCGCGAUGGAGCGAUCCGCCUCGGAUUCCGCUAGUGAGGGAGACAACACUCACACGAGACGUAGAUCCAAAUCGAAAUCGAAGUCGAAGAGUGUUAAAAGAAAACAUACCAGACUUUCCGGCAGAAGAAGACUAUCCGCUAGACGAAAGUGCACUGUGUUAAAAGUCAAUAGUGAUUCAGACAGUGACGACGAACGACCAGUUGACGCAGCUCAACCCAGUACUAGUUCCGGGGUGAUCUUCCGAAGAUCGCGAUACGUCGCCAGCGCCAUCGAGAAAGAUGAUAAGAGUUCGAGUUACAGCAGCAGCAGCAGUAGCUGUGUUUAUGAAGACAUUGUCGCUAUCAGUAAACGAAAACAUUCUAAAACUGAUUCGGAUACGUCCGUGAAGACGCACAAACGUAAGCAUCGAAAGUGCAAAAACAGUUCUCGACACGAUAGUUCUGGUAAGAGCCAAAGUAAACGACAGAAGCUCGAUGACGACUCGGAGGAAGAGGAGAAAACUAGCUCGAGAAAUUGUGUGAACGGUAACACUAGUAAGGAUAUUAGUAACUGUCGUGAAGAUGGACCGUCGACGCCAAGCAGCAAAUCACUUCAAGUUCCUUGUACACCUGACAGCGGUAUCAAAUCGGGUAUCUCAUCCACAGAGGGGAAGAAUAGCGAACGAACACGUAAGGAGCGAAACAAUAGAGGCGUGGACGAUAGUUCAGAUGAGCAAAAACUGAAACGUUUAGAGUGUUUCCGGAAAAAGGUAGAGGAGUUGGCGAGGAGGAGCUAUCGUAAUCGGUCUACGGCUCAGUCUCAAGCAAUUUCGACCACGAGUGAUUCUUCCGAUUAAGCGCUCACGUUUUACUCAUCGAAAUCCCUGCCCUCCCCAACGUGCUCUACUCCGAUCUCCCAUUCCCUUUCCAUUUGUACAUAAUGUAAUCUGUGAUUCCUUGAAGUAUAUUUUUAUAACACUAAGUUGAUCACGCGUGAGCGAUGCGAUUGAUUUCUUUUUUAAAAUCAUCUUUUUUAGAUCUUACCAUCUGUCUUUGAUCCCAUCUUUCUAAAUGUAAUUGUGCUUUCCUUCUUGCAAUUUUUAAAAAUUUUCAUUAAAAUCCUAAUAUAUUGUCAAUUUUUUCGCGACGUUUUGUAACUCGAGUCAUUGUUUAGAUAGGCGGAAAUUGUAAUGUUGUUUGGUACCAACCCUAUAUCUAUCGUCCCGCGUAAUGCCAUUGCGACUGUCUUUGCUUGAUAAUUCUCAGACAGUCAAUCCAUUAUUGUGAGGUGGAUGUUUUGCUGAUCUGAUCGUGUAAAUCGCAUAUAAUCGAGACAGAACUGCGGCGAAACGGAAACCGUACUGUAGACGCGAAUUAACACAUCCGCAUUAACUUCAAAUAUUUGCGGCAACUCGGCUAAUGUGUACCAUUGACAUGGUUUGUGCGUUGGAAAGUAAUUAAAAGUAAUAAAUUGGUAUACAUUUUUUUCCUA